UACAGAUAUUGUCUGACCACUAGUAAAGUGCGAACAUGACAGCGAAGACGUGCUGUUUGUUGUGGGUGAUAGUGCUGGCGAGUAUUCUCGCUACAGUAGUCACCGAACCUUCACGGAACUUACUACAUAAAGUAAAAGUUGAAAGACUUGAUAACAAUCAUAAAGCUCAUACGGAAGCGCACACAGGUGAUGCAUCAACCAUCGAAUCCCGGAAAAGCAAGAUCGACGCUGAGUAUAAAUCCGAACACAGCCGAAGCCGGCAUUCUGAAGAGCAUACCGAAAAUCAUUCAGACGAAUCCAGUGCGGGUGCCGAUAUUAAAAUUCAAAGUGGCAGCUCUGAGGAAUCGAAGGAGGAAAGCGCAGAAUCCCACGAAGAUGUGAGCACGACCACGGAGGCGAAGUCGGGGCUGCUCGGAUUCAACUUUAAAACGAACAUUUUCGAUGGCCUCUUCAGCGGCUUCAGUCCCGACAAAAAGAGGGAGAAAGAGAAAAAGCGGAAAGAGAGUCUAGGGAAAGAAGAGUUCAUUUCUGAAAAACUCAGGAACAUAAUUGGAAUUAAAGGCCAUAAGGAAAGCAGUGAACUACUGUAUGACUUAACGGGUCUUAGAAACGAGGCAGCCGCCAUCAAAUACAUAGAAAACUUAACCGGACUCAAAGACCGAGAUCAGAUUCACGAGUUCAUCCGAAGAUGCAGAGGAUCGAGGAGCUGGAAGUUCGUGAUAGACUUCUUGGAUCUGUUAGAAGAUACAUCUAAUGUCAGAGUUAUUGUCGAAAUAUUAAAGCAGUUGACGAAUGAAGACAAUGUUUUCAACGCUUUCGAGAUAUUGAAGACGCUGACGGGACACGCUGAUUUUGACGGAAUCUUUGAGACCUUGCAGAAGAUUUCAGGAGAGAAGAAUGCUCAUGAAAUCUGCGAUUAUUUCAAGCACGUUGCGCACACUACUGGCUUAGAUGGUGUGAAGGUGGAAGUCAAAAAGUUGAGUGGUGGCAUCGGAUCUCCUGAGCUACCCAGAGUCCUGUACGUGUUAAAACAAGAAGUCGAUAUGAAAGGCGCUUUGAACGCUUUGAUUUCGGCCACAAGAACGGGAGACGUCGGCGAAGCGAUAUUUAAAUUCGUCAAGAUAAUGCAGACGAAGACGUUCUCUGAAGCCAUUUUGCGUUUGAAAUUCGUAACGAAACAAACGUUAUUCAAAUAUGCUAUCGAAGAGCUGUUGGAAUCCAAUAAUAGAAGUAGUCUCACGGUGGUAAUUUCGGAGUUGUACAAAAUCUGCGACUGCACCAAUUUAUUGGAAGCAAAAGAGAUAUUGGGCAAGAUAUUUGAUGCUGAUAGUCUCGUGACAGUAGCACAGAAUAUAAACAAGAUGAGUAAGACUCAGGACCCAUUGUUCUUCUUAAAUUCUCUUCUCGACGUGACGCAGACCAAGAACAUCAGAGAAGCGGCCACCGUCAUCAACAAACUCACAAUAAGACAAAUGUCAACUUUGGAAAUACUCAAUCAAAUCCGAAUUAAGUCUGGGCAUGAGAACAUAAUAGAUUUCUUCAGGAAGCUGCUAGCUUUUACUGCAACUAAAUCUGUGGAAGCCGCGUGGGAUGUGUUGUCCAGCGUAACAUUUAUAACUGAUAUAUUUUUCUUCUUCGACACCGUGUUUAAGUACACAAACGUUGACGUCGUUAUAUUCUUGGAGACGAUCCUGAGGAUCACGAGCACGACUAACGUGACUGUGGCUGCUGCAUUGCUCACUAAGAUAUCGAAUAAACGAAGUUUCUUCGAAGUGAUCGAAGCGAUACACGAGAUAACGCAAAUGGACGUCGUGAAAUUCUUCGAGUUGAUUAUCACAGUCAGCAAAAGAUUCUUCUUCGAAGAGGUCGUCAUCUUAUUAGAAGAGUACACAGAUACGUAUAACUUUGUAGACGCGCUAAAGGACUUGAAAAGGGCUACAGGUCAGCCAGACAUACGCAAGGCGAUCGAUCAUAUCAAACACAACAGGCCGAGAAUAGAAAAGACCACUACAACUACUACAACCACUACAACCACGACCACCACGACCACAACGCAAAAGCCCGAAACAACGACAGCGGUACCGACCACGACGAGCACGGAGGCAAUCACCGAAACUCAAACUGAAUCGAUUCAAUUAACAACACCGAACGGAUCCGAAGUAGGUAUCACCGAGCAACCGGGAGAACAGCCAACAACGCUCUCAACGUCAGAACAAGAAGCUACCGAGCAAACAGGAGAAUCCGAAACAAAGUUGCAACCAGAACAACCGGAAAUGACAAAGCAGCCACUAGAAUCUGAUACAACGUUGCAACCAGAACGACAAGAAACAACAUUGCAACCAGAACAAGAAACAACCGAGCAACCGCAAGAGUCUAAAAUAACGUUGCAACCAGACCAACAAGAAACUACCGAGAAAUCAAGAGAAACUCAAACAACGUUGCAACCAGAACAACAGGAAAUAAUAAAGCAGCCACUAGAAUCUGAUACAACGUUGCAACCAGAACAACAGAAAACAACCGAGCAACCGAGAGAAUCUGAAAAAACGGUGCAACCAGAACAACAGGGAACAACAGAGCAAUCAAGUGAAUGCGAAACAACGUUGCAACCAGAACAACAGGACAGAACUGACCAACCAAGAGAGUCUGAUACAACGUUACAACCAAAACAACAAGAAACUACCGACCAACCACGAGAAUAUGAAACAACGUUGCAACCAGAACAACAAGUAACUACCGAUCAACCACGAGAAUAUGAAACAACGUUGCAAUCAGAACAACAAGAAACAACAGAGAAAUCAAGAGAAUAUGAAACAACAGUGCAACCAGAACAACAAGUAACUACCGAUCAACCACGAGAAUAUGAAACAACGUUGCAAUCAGAACAACAAGAAACAACAGAGAAAUCAAGAGAAUAUGAAACAACGGUGCAACCAGAACAACAAGUAACUACCGAUCAACCACGAGAAUAUGAAACAACGUUGCAAUCAGAACAACAAGAAACAACAGAGAAAUCAAGAGAAUAUGAAACAACGGUGCAACCAGAACAACAAGUAACUACCGAUCAACCACGAGAAUAUGAAACAACGUUGCAAUCAGAACAACAAGAAACAACAGAGAAAUCAAGAGAAUAUGAAACAACGGUGCAACCAGAACAACAAGUAACUACCGAUCAACCACGAGAAUAUGAAACAACGUUGCAAUCAGAACAACAAGAAACAACAGAGAAAUCAAGAGAAUAUGAAACAACGGUGCAACCAGAACAACAAGUAACUACCGAUCAACCACGAGAAUAUGAAACAACGUUGCAAUCAGAACAACAAGAAACAACAGAGAAAUCAAGAGAAUAUGAAACAACGGUGCAACCAGAACAACAAGUAACUACCGAUCAACCACGAGAAUAUGAAACAACGUUGCAAUCAGAACAACAAGAAACAACAGAGAAAUCAAGAGAAUAUGAAACAACGGUGCAACCAGAACAACAAGUAACUACCGAUCAACCACGAGAAUAUGAAACAACGUUGCAAUCAGAACAACAAGAAACAACAGAGAAAUCAAGAGAAUAUGAAACAACGGUGCAACCAGAACAACAAGUAACUACCGAUCAACCACGAGAAUAUGAAACAACGUUGCAAUCAGAACAACAAGAAACAACAGAGAAAUCAAGAGAAUAUGAAACAACGGUGCAACCAGAACAACAAGUAACUACCGAUCAACCACGAGAAUAUGAAACAACGUUGCAAUCAGAACAACAAGAAACAACAGAGAAAUCAAGAGAAUAUGAAACAACGGUGCAACCAGAACAACAAGUAACUACCGAGCAACCACGAGAAUAUGAAACAACGUUGCAAUCAGAACAACAAGAAACAACAGAGAAAUCAAGAGAAUAUGAAACAACGGUGCAACCAGAACAACAAGUAACUACCGAUCAACCACGAGAAUAUGAAACAACGUUGCAAUCAGAACAACAAGAAACAACAGAGAAAUCAAGAGAAUAUGAAACAACGGUGCAACCAGAACAACAAGUAACUACCGAUCAACCACGAGAAUAUGAAACAACGUUGCAAUCAGAACAACAAGAAACAACAGAGAAAUCAAGAGAAUAUGAAACAACGGUGCAACCAGAACAACAAGUAACUACCGAUCAACCACGAGAAUAUGAAACAACGUUGCAAUCAGAACAACAAGAAACAACAGAGAAAUCAAGAGAAUAUGAAACAACGGUGCAACCAGAACAACAAGUAACUACCGAGCGAACACGAGAAUCCGAAACAACGUUGCAACCAGAACAACAGGACAGAACUGACCAACCAAAAGAGUCACAUACAACGUUGCAACCAGAACCACAAGAAACCACGGAACAACCACGAGAAUCUGAUACGACGUUACAACCAGAACAACAAGUAACUACCGAUCAACCACGAGAAUAUGAAUCAACGUUGCAGCCAGAGCAACAAGAAACAACGAAGCAGCUAAGAGAAAAUGAAACAACGUUGCAACCAGAACAACAAGUAACUACCGAGCGAUCUCGAGAAUCCGAAACAACGUUGCAACCAGAACAACAGGACAGAACUGACCAACCAAAAGAGUCUGAUACAACGCUGCAAUCAGAACUACAAGAAACCACGCAACAACCACGAGAAUCUGAUACAACUUUGCAACCAAAACAACAAGAAACUACCGACCAACCACGAGAAUAUGAAACAACGUUACAACCAGAACAACAAGUAACUACCGAUCGACCACGACAAUAUGAAACAACGUUGCAACCAGAACAACAAGAAACAACAGAGGUAUCAAGAGAAUAUGAAACAACGGUGCAACCAGAACAACAAGAAACAACAGAGCAAUCAAGAGAAUAUGAAACAACGGUGCAACCAGAACAACAGGAAAGAACCGAGCAACCAAGAGAAUCUUUAACAACGUUGCAGCCAGAACAACAAGAAACCACGGAACAACCACGAGAAUCUGAUACAACUUUGCAACCAGAACAACAAGUAACUACCGAUCGACCACGACAAUAUGAAACAACGUUGCAAUCAGAACAACAAGAAACAACAGAGAAAUCAAGAGAAUAUGAAACUACGGUGCAACCAGAACAACAAGUAACUACCGAUCAACCACGAGAAUAUGAAACAACGUUGCAAUCAGAACAACAAGAAACAACAGAGAAAUCAAGAGAAUAUGAAACAACGUUGCAACCAGAACAACAAGUAACUACCGAGCGAUCUCGAGAAUCCGAAACAACGUUGCAACCAGAACAACAAGUAACUACCGAGCGAUCUCGAGAAUCCGAAACAACGUUGCAACCAGAACAACAGGACAGAACUGACCAACCAAGAGAGUCUGAUACAACGCUGCAAUCAGAACUACAAGAAACCACGCAACAACCACGAGAAUCUGAUACAACUUUGCAACCAAAACAACAAGAAACUACCGACCAACCACGAGAAUAUGAAACAACGUUGCAACCAGAACAACAAGAAACAACAGAGCAAUCAAGAGAAUAUGAAACAACGGUGCAACCAGAACAACAAGAAACAACAGAGCAAUCAAGAGAAUAUGAAACAACGGUGCAACCAGAACAACAGGAAAGAACCGAGCAACCAAGAGAAUCUUUAACAACGUUGCAGCCAGAACAACAAGAAACAACGAAGCAGCUAAGAGAAAAUGAAACAACGUUGCAACCAGAACAACAAGAAACCACGGAACAACCACGAGAAUCUGAUACAACUUUGCAACCAAAACAACAAGAAACUACCGACCAACCACAAGAAUAUGAAACAACGUUGCAACCAGAACAACAAGUAACUACCGAUCAACCACGAGAAUAUGAAUCAACGUUGCAGCCGGAGCAACAAGAAACAACGAAGCAGCUAAGAGAAAAUGAAACAACGUUGCAACCAGAACAACAAGUAACUACCGAGCGAUCUCGAGAAUCCGAAACAACGUUGCAACCAGAACAACAGGACAGAACUGACCAACCAAGAGAGUCUGAUACAACGCUGCAAUCAGAACUACAAGAAACCACGGAACAACCACGAGAAUCUGAUACAACUUUGCAACCAAAACAACAAGAUACUACCGACCAACCACGAGAAUAUGAAACAACGUUGCAACCAGAACAACAAGUAACUACCGAUCGACAACGACAAUAUGAAACAACGUUGCAACUAGAACAACAAGAAACAACAGAGCAAUCAAGAGAAUAUGAAACAACGGUGCAACCAGAACAACAGGAAAGAACCGAGCAACCAAGAGAAUCUUUAACAACGUUGCAGCCAGAACAACAAGAAACAACGAAGCAGCUAAGAGAAAAUGAAACAACGUUGCAACCAGAACAACAAGUAACUACCGAGCGAUCACGAGAAUCCGAAACAACGUUGCAACCAGAACAACAGGACAGAACUGACCAACCAAGAGAGUCUGAUACAACGUUACAACCAAAACAACAAGAAACUACCGACCAACCACGAGAAUAUGAAACAACGUUGCAACCAGAUCAACAAGUAACUACCGAUCAACCACGAGAAUAUGAAACAACGUUGCAAUCAGAACAACAAGAAACAACAGAGAAAUCAAGAGAAUAUGAAACAACGGUGCAACCAGAACAACAAGAAACAACAGAGCAAUCAAGAGAAUAUGAAACAACGGUGCAACCAGAACAACAAGAAACAACAGAGCAAUCAAGAGAAUAUGAAACAACAGUGCAACCAGAACAACAAGUAACUACCGAGCGAUCUCGAGAAUCCGAAACAACGUUGCAACCAGAACAACAGGACAGAACUGACCAACCAAGAGAGUCUGAUACAACGUUGCAGCCAGAACAAACAGAAACAACGAAGCAACCAAGAGAAAAUGAUACAACGUCGCAACCAGAACAACAAGUAACUACCGAUCAACCACGAGAAUCCGAAACAACGUUGAAAUCAGAACAACAAGAAACAACAGAGCAAUCAAGAGAAGAUGAAAAAACGGUGCAACCAGAACAACAAGAAACUACCGAGCAACCGAGAGAGUCUGGUACGACAUUACAACCUGAACAACAGGAAUUAACAAAGCAACCAAGAGAAUAUGAAACAUCAGUGGCAGAAAAUGAAUUAGAAGCGACGUCGCAAACAUUAGAACCAGAAAUAACGCAGAAACCGCUAAAACCGGGGUCAAAACUUCAAUCCGAUUCACAAAUGAAGACGACAGAAAAAGGACCGAGUAAUAUCGCAACAUCCGUAACCAAUGUAAUGGAACAAAAUACAGAAACAACACCUUCUGAAUACAUUAUAACAAAAGAAACGACAACACCGAAGUCUACAUCCGGAUUUACAACAGAAUUUACACAAUCACGAGAACCAGAAGAAGUCGUUCCACCAAAAGAAUCGGAGGUAGUUCAUUUACCAGAGAAACCGGUGAAACCGAUUGGGCCCGUGACAGGCGAAGAACCUCAAACACCACAUGAAGUAACGCAAACCCCUAAACCUUCGCAAGCUAGAAGAACCGAACAAGAACCGGUCGUUCCUGUAGUAACAGUAACGACAGAAAAUACUCCUAACAAUCCAAAAUCUAACCUGGAAUUGACAACGACAAAACAAGAGGCAUCUACAACUAAACCACUUGAAGCAACGAAUGUAUAUCAGACCACCCGAUCUGUUCCCGAAUCAUCUACAGCACCAACUAAAACAAACCCUGCAGAAACCGCAACUCCCAAAUCGAACAUAAAAACAGUAACGACUACACCAGAAAUAAACAAAGAUAAAUGUACUCCGCAAACCGAGAAAAAUGAACAUGCAGAUGGAUCUAGCACUGAACCUAAUAGGACGGUGCCUUGCAAUAAGCCGCCUGCAGGACCUGGGCAGAAGGAGCCGGCGACUGACUUGCAGCCUACCCCGCCUGGUACUGGAGGCAAAUUGGCCUUGAAUCAAGGCAAGAAAGAAAUAAUGCAAGCUUUGGAAACCAGCAUGAAUUUGAAGGUUUUAAUUCUGCCAAAUGGUCCUCAAGGGCAGAACUGUUUCUGUACUUGUGACAACACGAGCGCACCUAAACUUAUUCCUUUAAAAGAUUUGCCGGCUGGUAUCACUGGCAGUUGAGUUAUUUAAAUCAAAAUGUUUAAUUUUGUCUUAAAUUUAAAGCUACCUGUCAUUAUGAUUUGCAAAUUGAAUACUAAUAAAUUGUAAUGAAAUUGUAAUAAAACACGUUUUGAAUUUAAUUAAAUACCUGCAGAUA